AUGGUAUAUAAGAACAUCUCUGACCUUUACAAAUCCGAAGAAUUUAAGACCUACGACAACUUUGUUUCAUUAGUUGCAAAAUGUGUUUGGGAAAUAAGAGAUAAAGAUAGUAGGGGUAAGGUAUGGAACGAACAAAUAAGACCCGCUAUGUUCGAGAUGAAGAAAACCAUUGACGCCUUGGUUGUUUUAGCAGGUAAGGUUUCAGAAUAUAACGCAAAAAUGAACCCGCAAUGUUCAAAAUGUAAAGCAGCAAUGAGGAAAUAUAACUACUCCGUCAAAGAGAUAGAACGUAUGCGAAACGACUAUGCAGAUUUAAAGAAAGAAGCAGAAAAACCAGCAGAAGAUAAAAUGAACAUGUUAGAAUUUCUGAACAAAAACUAUCCAACUGCUGACGAUUUCCUUCUAUCUGACGUCAAGAAGAAGUAUAAAGAAACUUUCGGUAUCGUUAAAACUUUUGACAUCCUUCGUGAAGAAAUAGAAGCUACGAAAUUGUUUAGAGUCAUGAACCAUCGCAACAUAUACCAUGUAAAACGCUUGUAA